ACUACCCUCGAUUUAUUACUCAGAUGCUAGUUGUCCACAUCCUGUCACAUUUAUUCACAACUUAUUCCAGGAAAAGCGGCAGACUUUCUAACUUUAUUGUCUAAUAACGAUCGCACAGAGCGCAGUUCCGGACCAUCCGAAAUCACGUCGCCUUUUAUUUUCUAUUCUCCACUUCCAACCCAUCAUUCUCUAUUUUUGGAAAACCCUUUGAUUUUGAAUCCUUCUGCUUUAACCUCCCUAUUACACGAGAAUCUAGAAAGAAACUGUAAACGAGAAAAUGAAAUUAUCUAAUAUUUAAUCUUACAAUACGGACUUCUGAUUCUAAUCGAAGCUAACAAUAUUAACUCCCAUUGUGUUUACUUUGAUGCAUGCAGUAUAUAUACUCUCGAUCAACUGAACCGGAUCAUUCCUUUUCAGUAUUCAGUUAGAUCGCUGGCUUCUUUUCCCAGAAUUCUGUUUAAUUUAAGCUCCCAAUCUAACGUAAUUAUCAUGACAUAUUUCAUAUGAAGAAUGCAGAUUGAUGACGACACCCUUCAUAUCCUCUCCCAUAAGACACAACACAAUCACGAUUUAUUUUGCAAAGAGAAAUUAUAUGACCUACAAGAUGCAAGUGAUCAGAAAAUCAAACAUUUUAAGAAACUUACCGUUUUUCAUUUGAAAUCAAUGGGCCACCGGAGAAAUUAUGGUAAUCUGCCUUGCUUUGUACAUUGUACGAAUCGUGCUAUUCCCCCUUUAAAGGAAAGUUCACACUACAUCCCCCUCUCACCACCACUUCAUUACCAAUGGAACUUCCCCAGAAUCAAAACAACGGCUAUGUCACCGUCAUCAUUUCUGUCCUGGUACUCUCUGGAUUUACUGUCAUGGAUCUUGCUGAUGCAGUUUGGGUAAGCCAUGGAGGCGAUUUGGGUAACACAAGAUCACGCUCCAUUCAUGACGAGCCCUUCAUCAAUCCGGUGCUUAUUUCCAAAUUGCAGUUAAAAUGGAAAUUUUUCACUGGUGAUGACACAACUGCUACCCCAGCGGUGGCCGAUGGGGUAGUCUACUUCCCAUCAUGGAAUGGAUAUUUGUAUGCAGUGAAUGCAUUUAACGGUGCUCUUGUAUGGAGGAGGCAUCUAGGGGAGCUCACAGGGCUUAGUCCAACAGGGAUUGUAGUGAAUGUAACUGUGUCAAGAACCACACCUGCAGUAGCUGAUGAUCUUAUCGUUAUAGGAAUCUAUGGCCCGGCAGUGGUUGUUGCUGUCAACCGAUUAAAGGGGACGCUCGUGUGGUCCACCGUGCUAGAUCCACAUCCCAGAUCUCAAAUCACCAUGUCUGGAACACCUUACUCCGGGGAUUUCUACGUUGGCGUAUCAUCACUAGAGGAAGCCCUACCUCCUGAACAAUGUUGCACUUUCCGGGGUAGCAUGGCCAAACUAGACAUUGGAACUGGAGAGGUACUCUGGAGAACCUAUAUGAUUCCAGAUAAUGGUGGCCAAAUAGGAGGCUACUCAGGAGCUGCUUUGUGGGGCAGUAGCCCUGCCAUUGACAUUAAAAGAGGUCUUGUUUAUAUUGGAACUGGAAACCUAUACAGUGCUCCAGCUGAGGUGCUAGAGUGUCAAGCCAGGCGAAAUAAUCAAACAACCCCCUCUCAACCUGAUCAGUGCGUCGACGAUCCAAAUGUUCACUUCGAUUCCAUUCUUGCCUUGGAAUUACACUCCGGAAAAAUCAGAUGGUUUCGCAGAUUCGAGAGCUAUGAUGUUUUUUAUUUUGCAUGCCUAGUGCCCAAUAAUCCAACCUGUCCUCCUGGACCUAACUUGGACGCUGACUUCGGAGAAGCUCCAAUGCUGCUCACCAUAUUUUCAAAUGGCACAAAACGUGAUGUUGUUGUUGCUGUCCAGAAAAGCGGAUAUACGUGGGCUCUAGAUCGCGACUCCGGUGAUAUAGUUUGGUUCAAUGUGGCUGGACCAGGCGGUCUGGAAGGAGGAGGAGUGUGGGGUGCAGCUACAGACGGAAAAAGGGUUUACACAAAUAUAGUAAAUAGCUAUCUUGCGAGCUUCAGGCUAGCACCAUCCAACCAAACCACGACGUCUGGGGCAUGGGUAGCGUUGGACGCAAAUACAGGCGAAAUUGUGUGGUCCACAACAAACCCCAGCAAUGAAACUGCACAUGGUCCAGUUACGGUGGCCAAUGGUGUGGUUUUUGCUGGGUCCGUGGCACCUUCAGGCCCAUUCUACGGAAUGGACGCAGAAACAGGAACUAUAAUAUGGACAUAUAACACCAAUGCCACCGUGUACGGUGGUGCAUCAGUGAGCUACGGCUGUGUUUACCUGGGGCAUGGGUAUACAGUGGCCUUAGCCAAGUUCCAUCCCAGUUGGAAUCGUGGAACCUCACUCUUUGCAUUCUGCACCUUGUGAGGCUUUAAAUGCCAUAACUACAUGUGGGUGUAAUGGAAGGCGUUAAGAAAUAAACUACUCUUGUGGGUUAAAGAAA